GUUGGUGUGACGCAGUUGUUAUAUCCAGACCCCGAGAGGCAAACCCAAGCAAAAACCGGCAACCAAAAAGGAGAGCAAAUUUAUAAAAGGGAGGAGAGGGGAAGAGUCCCGCUCCCACACUUCCCUGCCUGGUAUCUAUUCUUUCCAACUUCGAAUUCCUUGAAACCGGCAGAACCUUCCCCAAAAACCUAUAUAUAAAACGACUACGCACGACGCGCCGGACGCUUGUCUAGGUUUUUUCUAGGAUUUCCACUUCGAUUUCGGCGAUUCCAGGGAGCGAGUCCAAUUGGGUUGUGGAGCCGCUCCGCAUCGUUUCUAGGGUUUCCGAGGUCUCAGCGGGAGGAGGACGAGAGAGGAGAUGCAGACGGACGCGCAGAUGAGGGCGGUGGUGGAGGGCGGCGGGCAGAGGGCCCUCGCCGCGGGGCACGGGGUCGCCGUGGAGGCCGGGAUCCGGCGGUACUCGUCCUCGCACACCAACCAGCAGAAUGGGCAGCAGAUGGGGGCGGUGGCGAACUUCCUGGCCGGAGGCGUCGCCGGAGCGGUCAGCAAGACCUGCACGGCCCCACUCGCUCGCCUCACUAUUCUAUUUCAGGUGCAAGGCAUGCAUUCUAAUGUUGCUACUCUAAGCAAGGCUAGUAUAUGGAGGGAGGCUUCACGCAUUGUUUAUGAAGAAGGUUUUAGAGCAUUUUGGAAAGGAAAUUUGGUCACUAUUGCUCAUCGGCUACCAUAUUCAUCGAUAAACUUCUAUGCUUAUGAACACUACAAGCAAUCACUACAAUUGAUUCCUGGGCUUGAUAGGCAUAGGGAUUACAUGACUGCAGAUGUAUGUGUUCGACUAUUGGGUGGUGCUUUGGCAGGUAUAACAGCUGCAUCUAUCACAUACCCAUUGGACCUUGUGAGGACGCGUCUUGCAGCUCAGACAAAAACCAUUUAUUACAGAGGCAUUUCUCAUGCACUUUGUGCCAUCUACAGAGAUGAGGGUAUCAGAGGGUUAUAUAAAGGUCUUGGAGCAACUUUGUUGGGUGUUGGACCUAGUAUAGCAAUCAGCUUCUCUGUCUAUGAAACUUUGCGAUCUCAUUGGCAAUUGCAGAGGCCCAAUGAUUCUGCUUUAUUUCUAAGUUUGGCUUGUGGAAGUAUUUCCGGCAUUGCUUCAUCAACAGUUACAUUCCCAUUAGAUCUUGUGAGGCGGCGAAUGCAGUUGGAAGGGGCAGUUGGAAAGGCUCGUGUCUACAACUCAGGCCUGUUUGGAACAUUUAGGCACAUAAUCUAUACCGAAGGAUUUCGAGGAUUGUACAGAGGUAUCUUGCCUGAGUACUAUAAAGUUGUCCCAGGUUUCGGCAUUGUUUUCAUGACUUACGAGACGCUGAAGUCAUGCCUGUCUGGCAGAGAUUCUGAUGUCUAGCAUUGAGAUCUUUCAGAGAUGAAGGUUUUGACCUCUGCCAUUGAUGUGCAUUCUUAAGUUCUUAGAGAUAAGGUAGAAAAGUUUGUAGCGUCCAAGGUGUCACAUGGUGGUAAGUUUUGCAAUUGCUGCCAUGAAAAAGUUUUUCAUUCGUUAUAUUUUAUAUAAAAUUAUAUCUCAACUGUAUCCACGAGGCAUUUAGUGUUAUGCAUCCUCCAAUUCUGCUAGCAUUUUUGAGAUCACGUACUUCUCAGUUUUGAUUGGUCUUGAAGGGGGAAAAAAGGCCAUCGGACUCAUUGGAGCCUCUUGUCCAUUUGUUGAUGAUGGAGGUCCAACUGAGUUUUCGUCUAAGAAGCAUAUGCGAGGUUUUUGAGAAUUAUAAAAAGAACUCUUCAAAAAAUUAAUGGAGAAUUUUUUUUUCACUCACAGCAGCAACUUGCCAGUUCUUAUAGUUUCGGGAAAUUAUUAAUUACAACAUCUGGGGAAUAGCUGGCGAAAGAUAUCCAUGGGCAGGUGACAUGGUAUGCAUGGUGAAAACAUGAUAUCAUAAGCUACUGCAAGAUAUUGUUAGUAACAGAGACUUUGUGGUUAGCAUACAUGGCUGCUAGCUAAGGAUCUCAGUUCUGAAUUGCUGAUGUGAUCGUAGCUGAUUUAUUUAUUUAUUUAUUUGUAACUCAAGAGUAUGGUCAGUUUUCAUGGCGUUUCAACAAAUUCUUCUCUGCAAUUAAAAUGUUGUUACUGCAAGAUAUUGUUAGUGACAGAGACUCUGUGGUUAGCAUACAUGGCUGCUAGCUAAGGAUCUCAGUUUUGAAUUGCUGAUGUGAUCGUAGCUGAUUUAUUUAUUUAUUUAUUUAUUUGUAACUCAAGAGUAUGGUCGGUUUACAUGGUGUUUCAACAAAUUCUUCUCUGCAAUUAAAAUGUUGUUACUGCAA